CUGCGCAGCGAUUACAGUGUCGUCCAUCAUAAACCGAACUGUCGUCCAGUAUACACGCAAGGGUCGCGGGGCAUGCUGGAGCCUAUCCCAGCUGUCUUAAGGCUGCAGGCGGGGUACACCCUGAACCGGUUGCCAGCCAAUCGCCGGAUGUAAACACUUCCACAUAAGCACUGCCGUCACUGAGCGUGCCUUCUUAUGCCAUGUAAAGAUGUCUUCUAAAGCAAGUGGUUUCAGUGCAAGGUCGCCGUCUUGUGGCCUUUAGAUGCAAUUACAACCCCAUAUUAUAGUUGAACUUGAAGAUCAUCUCUUGUACGUAUUUUCCCAUUCUCAGCUCUCAUUCUCUGCUGUUUUUCCUCAUUUUUGCGUGUCUCUUCUCAACAGGGUCAUGUGAUCGGACGCACUGUUGAAAAGCGGCUCUGCCCACAUCAAAGGGCAAAGACAAUGGAUCAGUCCUACGAUGAAGAGGAGGCUCGCACCUUUGUGCAAGUCAUCAGCGACAAGUACAACACAGAGAACUUCCCAUAUGGCCACGGCGUGGGCGUCGUGGUGCUGCCCUCGCCUCCUGGGUCGCCCACCAAAGGUCGCCUGUUCUUACCCAGCGUGCUAGUUUUGAACGAAUGCGGCAUCAAAAAGGCAGGCGACAAAUCCGACAUCGCCGCUUUCUGUGCCCAUGUGGUCGAGCUGGACCUGUCCUACAAUGAGAUCCACGACUGGGCCGAGAUCUGUGCCAUCGUUUCCAACGUCCCUCGCCUAGACUUCCUCAACCUGAGCAUGAACCCGCUGAGCGGCGCCACGCUGGAGCCGCGCAUGGCCGAGGUGUUCGCCCGGGUGCGGCGGCUCGUCCUCAUCAACACGCACGUCAACUGGGAAACCGUGCACGCGCUCACGCAAAACACGCCCGAGCUGGUGGAGCUCUUCCUUUGCCUAAACGACUACCAGGCGGUGUCCCAGUCCCGCACGUCCUGCCCCUCCCUGCGGCUGCUGCAGAUCACCGACAACCACCUGCGGGACUGGGCGGAAGUGCGCAAAUUCGGACAGAUGUACCCCAGCCUCAGCGAACUGGUGCUGGCCAACAACAACGUGGAGUGCGUGGGCGACACCCGCGAAGCGCUGCAGCGCCUCUUCCCCAACUUGCGCUGCAUCAACCUCAACAACUCAAGGCUGAGCAAGUGGGAGGACAUCGAGAGGCUGAAUUUCCUCCCCAAGCUCCAAGAAGUGAAAGUGAUGGGGAUUCCACUGUUGCAGCCGUACAGCACACAAAAGCGCCGCAGUCUCCUUUUAGCACAGUUGCCAAAUGUCUUGGUUCUGAAUGGAGGUGCGGUGUCCGAAAACGACAGGGAAGCUGCCGAGAGGGUCUUCAUCCGGUUCUACCAGGACUGUCCCGAGCAGGAGCGCCCGCACAGGUACAACGAGCUCGUAUCCAAAUACGGCCAACUGGCGCCGUUGGCCGACGUGGACCUGAGCCCCCGCGGCACAACGGUGGACGUGCGCUGGGGCGACAGAGUGGAGGCGGUCAGCCUCCGCCUGGAGCAGACGGUGGGCGAACUAAAGAAGCAGCUGAGGGCGCUGCUUCAGCUGCCCAGCAACGGGGUCCGGCUCUUCUACAUCAACCGGGAAAUGUCCGCGGUCUUCGGACCGGAGGAAUUGAAGUGCGGCUUCCGGGCCCUCCACUCGUACAGCAUUCGCGAUGGAGACGAGAUCCUCAUUGUUCCCAAGGGGAAAAGCCGAUGUAGCUCCUCACAUCUUUGAGGUAGGACUCUUGGGUAUUUUGUUUUUGGGGUCAGGGGGGGUUUGGGGGGGGUUCAUAGGACUCGCUGAACACUUAACUGGAUUAGCUUUGACUUGAAUUUGUCAUUUUAUGCAACAAAAUGUUGGGGGGGGGCUGGGUUGCACCGUGUUUACCAAAAACUGCCGAGGCCUUGCGAGUUUUGGUUUGCUUUGCCUCAAUGAAGCGUUUUUUCGAUCGUCGAGACUUGCGAAAUAACCGCGAUGAUAAAAGAUGGAGGCAGGCAGGGCUACCGGAAAGUUGCUUGUAAUUUUGCCUCAGAUGGCUUGUUCUACUUGUUUACUGCAAAACGUGUUUUUGCUCAGGUGCGUACAAUUUCGAUAUGUCAUUCUUAAAAAGCUACUGACUGCAAAAGAGUCCGCCUCGUUUAUGCUGAAGCCACUUGAUCAAGCAAUUACACAAUUACGACAAAAAAAAUAAAUUCCCCCCCCCCCGAUUGAGCAUCCUUGGCUUGACUUGAUGGUAACCAAACACCCGUCGUAGUGUCAGGUCACUUCCUCUGUAUCUAUCGGGCUGGCCCGCCAGCGGGUUGGCGGGAGGGGCGUCGACCACCCGUCCGAGUGAAUGCCACCGUUCUUCCAUCACCCCGAAUAAACCCGACACCUCCAGUGUCCGCUCUUUCACGGGUUGCGGGGUCCCGACCUCUCCCACUGGGCUCACGUUGGCCUUCCAAAUCAAAAGACAGAAAAUGAAUACCCACCAACGUGCGGGAAAUUCGAUUCUUAAGAUAAGAUAAGAUAAGAUAUCCUUUAUUCGUCCCACCGGAAACUUUCUGGCAAACUUUGCGUUAUAUUUCAUUUCUUGGUAUUUUGGUGUAUUUGUACGGACGACACACUCAUUUCACACACAAAGUUCACGUUACCUCGACUUUUGAAGAUGACCCGAGAUGGCAGUAAACUGAAAAUGUAGGUGAGGUUUGGUGGAUUAUUAUUGGCUGGCAUUUGGUGAACACUACUGUGGGAUGUAAUGUGAAUUGUUUGCCAUACGGUGUUGUUGUUGUUGUUUUUUUUUUAUAUAUAUAUAUGCUGAGAAUUGCUUUUAAUUGUUUAUCAAAUGUGACGCUCAACACUGUGCACAUGAGAAUUUAUUAUAACUUUGUACGAUAACUUAAUUUGUACUCGUGCUUGAAUUAUCGCCCAGAAACAUACACGCACAUGCACGUGCAUUAGAAAUCUAUUUGCCACAUUGGGCCAUUUCACUGAAUGACUUUCCGAUCCGUUCUGAAAUGUUAACAAAAAGUCACUUUGUUUACCUUUGACGUUUUUACGACGGUAAAUGUUCACAAGAACAAGUUACAGCCUCACUUAAGCAAGAUUUCAAAUAUCGUAAGCCGCCAAUGUCUAAUGGUUUUGCAAAGUGUGCAAUGCCGUUGUAUUAAUUUAUAUUUUUGGGAUCUUGUUGGCAGUGGUGACUUUAUUUUUGUGUGUUCCAUUUCUCAAUCAUGAACAUGAUGCCAUUUUCACAACUCGAUGUAUAAUUUAGCUUUGGAUUCUCUUGAAGAAAUAAAUUCUGAAGCGAUCCUA